AUGCAGAUUUGGAGUAGCCGCAACGGACCUGUCCGUUACCUCCUACUUACGCAGGACCGCUCCAUUCUAUUAGAGUUUUCAGGCUGUGCUUAUCUCGCCAACGGAUUCGAGGAUACUAUUGACGAGGUAAGCAUAGCGAAGGGUGUUCAAUACAACCUGGACAUCGGCAUCAAACAGAAAAAGCGCCCAUGGUUGGUUGAAAUGGGGCAAUUGAUAUACGAGCUCACUGGUCGUCAUCAGAACAUAGUCGUUGGGCUUGAGCGUCUGAAUGCUGGCAAACUAGUCGAGCUCGCAAAGGCAAUCAAAUCUUCAGAGGAGAUUGAAUGCAUCCAGAAGUCUUUGCGCGCAACAGAAAGAGGUGUUUGCAUACUGCGCACAGUAAUUCAGCCUUACCAAACUGAGAAUGAGCUCCGGUCUAUUCUACACAAAGCGGUCAUUGAGAGCAACGGCGAUUGUUGCGAGACCCGCUUGCUCAACUCUGGACAGCGUUCAGCCCCGUGGUUUCAGGAGACCUCCGAUGCUGUCAUUGAUAGAGAUACGCUGAUUUGUCUCAAUACGGACGUUGUUGGAUGCUACGGGUAUUAUGCAGAUUUUUCACAGACAUUCCGUGCGGGUCCUGGCAUGCCUUCGCUUGCGCAAAAGCAACUCUAUCGCGAUGCAUACGAAAUGUUGAAUCACAACAUCAGCAUCCUGCGUCCAGGUAUGGCGUUCAAAGAAUUUGCCGAUAGUUCUUGGCUUAUCCCUGAGAAACACCGGAAGAAUCGAUACUGCGCCAUCAGUCACGGCGUAGGCUUGACCGGUGAAUAUCUUACCUGUACAGCAAAAGAGAUUUCGAUGAAUUUGGAUACGAUGGGAUUAUCGAGGCUGCAGCAGGGUAAAAAAAUUUUAAGGGAAGAGAUCAUUACUGACAUUCAAGACCCCACCAAAUAUCAAACUGAACAAGAUCGAGCAGUCAUCAGAAAACUGUUUCAAUCCUAUAUCCCAGACAAGCGUGCCAUUAUAUUGACUGUCAUGAAUGCUCGGAACAGCCUGGCCAACCAAGAAGUAUUCUCCAUGGCUCGUACAGCCGAUCCAGAAGGCAAGCGCACCGUAGGAAUCGUUUUCAAAUGCGAUGCAUUGCAGGCUGGCGAUGAAUUUGGAGUGUGUGGAUAUGAUGAUGGAUCGAGGAAGCGCAAGCACUACUUUCAGACAGGUUGUCAGAAUAGCAAAGAACGAGAUCGAGAGGCUCACGCACGGUUGUCCAUAUUAGGUGGUCUUCUGUAUAAUCAUAUCCGAAACGAAUUUCCCAAGAUGGUCAAGGAGAUCGCAAGGCUUGCAGCAAGUACUCAAAAGGACUUAGGGCUGCUUGGUCCCUCGCAUCAGACUGCUGCAGAACAGAGGCGCUUCUUAAUGCGUCUUGCGAACGCGUACCAGCCAAACGUUUCAAAUGCCUCGAGCGGCAACUACAAUUCAGACAUAGAAGGCAAUAGCACUGUUAAGCUUCGUAUGCAUAUCACCUGGCUUAGCAACGGCUUUGCAAAGGCCAAAGAACAGCUGGCCCAACUUCUAACGGACGAGAGAGGCGGUAUCCUCCAAACUGUGAAACACUACUCUGCCGACAAUCUGUCCAACAAUAGGCAAGAGCGGGUUCUGGCUAGGCUGAAAGCUGCUGCACUCAAGGAUGGUGUCCGCUUCAAUAUGGCAGAAGUAAUAGAGAAAGUGCACCUUAGCAACAAGGAUCAGGCUGCUAACAACAUCCAUGACAUUCUAAAGGCUUACUACAAAGUAGCUAUAAAGCAAUUCACUAACAAUUUCGUCUUGCAAAUCACUGAACGACAUCUGCUUGAGGCAGGAGGUUCGGUAAAGACACUGUCUCCAGACAUAAUCGCAAACCUCGAAAAAACCAACUUAAUGGAUAUUGCGGGUGAGAACUUUACAACCUCGAGCGCUAGAAACGAAUUCGUCAUCGAGUCUAGUUGA